CAGCACAUCAAUAUGGCAGUAAUAGUUAUACAGUUUGCUCAUAUUGAUUUUGGUGACUCUAGCAAAUACUCAACUCCAAGUUAUCAAUGGGAGGAUAAAAAUGACAAUAGUCACGACACCACAUUGCUCUGACACAAUUAAUUUUAUUAACAAUCAGUUAGUACCUACCUACCUUAUGGAGAGUACAAAGAUUUUUUGGAUAUCGCGUUUGUGCCAUGGGGAAGAACAAUCCGGAAUGCCGACGAUACUUUGACCUGUCAAUUUGGACCCAACGACUGCUUCGCCAAUCGUCUUCACCGCUGCGUGCUUGAUCAGUUAAAGGACAACCAACAGGCUCAGGUAAACUACAUGCAUUGUGAAUUCUCGCCCCCAUAUCCCUCCUGGUCGCAGAGGAGCUAUGAGUGCGCUGCGGUGGCGGGUGUGAAUCUGGUUGUAGUAGACGUUUGCGUGGCAACGCCUGUAGGAGAUCCUCUUGAUGCCGCAGCUCAAGCAGCAGCAGCAGACCCCGUAGCCAUCAUCAACUUUAUACCCUCAAUCGUCUUCAACAAUCAAAUUGAUGUAGAACUGCAUUUUGAAGCAUUAAGACGGUUAAAAAUUAUGAUCUGCUUCGCUCUCGCCGAGCUUUCCGAGACUGGUGUCACCAACUGCCAGAUUUAAUUAAGAUGCAGCAGACUGCCUGUGUGGUGACGGGUUAAGAAUUUCACCACCCCCUUUCUUCCCGUGGGUGUCGUAGAAGGCGACUAUGGGAUAUGGGUUAAAUUGUGGCGUAGGCG